CCACAGCGGGAGACGCCUCCGACCGUCGCUGACUUCCCAAAAUGUCCUCACUGCUGAAGCCGUUCUCGGUGUGCGAGGGGCCGUGCGAGAGCUGCGGUGUCAGGAGAGGAUGCCCGAGCUCGGCUCCCCCCCAUCAGCAGCCUCCAUUCCAGCGUCUGGCCGCCGCGGCGGGGCUGGGCUCUCCGCCGGCCCGCCAGCGGUCGUGCGCGGCGAGGAGGAACCUGGCGGCUGCAGCGGUCGGAGGGAGGAAAAUCACGCAUCCCGGAAAGGCUAUCCUUGCAGGUGGCAUCGCAGGAGGAAUAGAGAUCUGUAUCACCUUCCCCACAGAGUAUGUCAAGACCCAGCUGCAGCUAGACGAGAGAGCCAACCCGCCACGAUACAGAGGGAUCGGCGACUGUGUGAAGCUGACCGUGCAGGACCACGGACUCAGAGGGUUGUACCGAGGUCUCAGCUCCCUGCUCUAUGGAUCGAUACCCAAGUCUGCAGUGAGGUUUGGCACGUUUGAGAUGCUGAGCAAUCCCAUGCGAGACGCUACAGGUCGGCUAGAUAACACACGGAGCCUCUUGUGCGGGUUAGGAGCGGGGAUAGCAGAGGCCGUCGUCGUCGUCUGUCCCAUGGAGACGCUCAAGGUUAAGAUGAUCCAUGACCAGUGUUCCCUCAGACCUCGUUACAGAGGCUUCUUUCAUGGAGUCAGUGAGAUUAUCAGAGAACAGGGUGUGAGGGGGACGUAUCAAGGUCUGACAGCGACCGUGCUGAAACAAGGAACCAAUCAGGCCAUCCGAUUCUAUGUGAUGAAUGCGCUGCGCAAUUGGUACAAAGGGGAUGAUCCCAGACGGGAGAUGCACCCAAUUGUCACGGCGAUGUUUGGAGCAACGGCCGGAGCUGCCAGCGUGUUCGGAAAUACACCUCUGGAUGUGGUGAAGACCAGGAUGCAGGGUUUGGAGGCCCACCGGUACAAAAACACAGUGGACUGCGCCUUCCAGAUCUUGAAGCACGAAGGACCACAGGCGUUCUACAAAGGGACAGUUCCCAGGCUUGGCCGUGUGUGCUUGGACGUGGCCAUAGUCUUUGUCAUCUACGAGGAGGUGGUCAAACUACUCAACAAUGUCUGGAAGACCCAGUAGACUGACCACACGGUGGCAGAGGUCCAGAGGGAAGCACAGACCAGUGCCUCAUGCUACGCACAACUGAACACCUCUAUUUUAGUUCAUACUAGCUGUCUGCAUUAGCCCGGAGCGGAUGACACUUCAUCUUGAUCAGUUUCCACUCAUAAAAUAAAUGAUUUGCAGGACUUAUCGAAACACAGUGAUAUUAAGGGAGGGAGAGUGGCUAGUUGCAGAAAAACAGCUGUGUUUUAUUCAUUUCUUUUGAAGGACAGGAAAAGGCAAAGUGAAAUGAAGUAGGUGAUGUGUUAUUCUGUUCGAACUUGUAGACUCAGUUUCACAACCAGAAACAUGAGUAUACAGUAUUUAGUGAAGAAGCGCGGGCAAGUAUUAUUAACCAAAGGUUUAAAUUAGAAAGAGAAUGAAAAGAAAAAAAAAACACGAGUAGGUAAAAAAGAUAUUACGUAUGACUAAUGUUUUAGCUUUCUAUGACUGUUGUUACCGUACAUGUUGUAGAGUGAACACUUUGUACUGAAACCAUAAAUGUGUCUUCUGAUCCACGAAGUACUUACUCUACUGAGGGAAGAACAGAGAUGCUACUGGAAGCAAACAAGCCUGCUGCAGUACUUUAAAAUGUCUGUGCAGUACUUCAACACAUCUUGGUGUUGCUUACUUGACUUUUCUUGUGGCAUCAUCGCACUAAAGUAUUCACAGUAUUUCCUCGCUGUGUCUUGGUGAUGAAGUUUACAUGCUGUUCAUUGUGCAUUUUAUGGCCGCUGCUGACAACAGAGCACGGAUGUACGAAUCUUAAUCUGGCAUCUGUCCUGUUACACACUGACUGUGGCUUGUGGGCUUGUUGAGGCUGCACAAACUGGUCUGGAGUCAGUACCUCUCCUGCAGAUUGUUUCAGAGUUUUAACCUGACACGCAAUCAUUAAGCACAUAUUGUAGGAAGCAAACCCAUAUGUAGCGUAAUCCUCACAUGCAGUCUUAAGAGUUGCAGAUAAGAGUCAGUUUAUUAGUAGAAGUUUGUGAGCUCAAUGUGGCUAUUCUGGGGAAAUUCCAUUUUCAACAUAAGUAGAGUUCCUAAGGUUUUUGGUAGGUGGUUGCGUUCUCUACAGCUGCAUGUUAAGACUUUAUUCGGGAAUAUGUAAUCAGUAUUGCUUUGUUCAGAUCCUCGGUCAGGCUGACCAAGGCUAUUUCCAACCAUGAGCUCGUGUGUUGCCUGAAAUUUACAAGUGAAUUCACUUCUUCUCCACAUGAGAUGACAAGAUGUAAACAUGUCCAACUGUGUAAGCCACAUGACUUCUAUGCGCUUCAGCCUUCAGUUCGCUUACUGAUUCACUCAUCAAACAGACUGUCCUUUAGUCAGAUAUUAUGUCACUUUAAAGGGCCAGUAUGUAGGAUUUAGUGGCAUCUAGUGGUGAGGUUGCAGAUUGCAACCGAUGGAAUAAACCUCCCCUCACCCCUCCCUUUCCAAGCGUUUAGGAGAAGCUAUGGUGGCCUUCAGGUAAUGUCAAAACGCCGAAGGCCCUCUCUAAAGUGUUUGGUUUGGCUGUUCUGGGCCACUGCAGAAACAUGGCGGUGCAACAUGACGGGCUCCAUUGAAGAGGACCAGCUUCCUAUAGACAUGAAGGGCUCAUUCUAAGCUAAUGAAAACAUGAUUCAUAGUUUCAGGGGACCAUCCACUAAUGAAAACAUAACUAGAAAUAUUAGACUCCAUUUCUGCCAAUAGAUCCCCCUAAAUCCUACACACUCGUCCUUUAAAUUGGGAAGAGCCGGUUUUUUUUAACUUUUCCCCUCCUAGCAUUUCCAAGUGGUGUAACUGUUGGCGCCACUGUUGCAAAGAUGGGAUCGCUUCCCGUUUUCAGUGCCAGAUAAAGGCAGAUUAAAACAACUGGUUGCAGGUUUUGUUACUUACUGAUCUAGGAGAAAUAAUUCCAACUGAAUGUCGGUUUUGAAUCCUCUCAAGUUCUGGAGCUCUCUCCAUCAAGUGAAUGCCUGAACGAGGUUCACUCGUUCUACCUUGACUUCUCCCUCUUCGCCUUCGUUGCCUCUUCUGACGACAGGGCUCUUUUUCAUUUGCCCGGUAGAGUUUCCACACUAGGGAAAGCUAUCUGGGAAAACAAAAACUAUCCUCUUCCUGUUUCGUUUGCGCAAUGGUAAAUCGCACCAUCAUUUUCCCAGGAGAUUUCGUAACCGGUGGCAGACAGAAUUUCACAGUGAAAGCGGGGCUUAUAGGAAACCAAUCUAAACGCAGAUGUUGUCAUUACUCUAUAGCCAUUACUUUGUGUAAUCAACAUUAACUUC